CUCUCUCUCUCUCUCUCUCUCUCUCUUUCUCUCACUGUCCGUUGGGAGCCAAACAGAAACAGUAGCUCUCAUAGUCCACACACUCACACUUCUUCUUCUUCUUCACUCUCAUAACAUGAGCAGCAGCAGCAGAGUGGGCAACAACACAGAGCACCACCACCGGUUAUGAAUCCCAGCGCAGAAGCAGCAGCACCACCGCCACCACUACAUCCGCCGCAGCCGCCUCAGCCCAACCGACCCUCCACCUCCUGCGACCGUCACCCAGAAGAGCACUUCACUGGAUUCUGCCCCUCAUGCCUCUGCGAACGGCUUGCCGUUUUGGACCCUUCUUCCUCUUCCUCUUCCACUUCUCGCAAACCCCCUACUUCCUCCACUGCCGCUGCUGCCCUUAAGGCCAUUUUCAAGCCCCCCAUUGGCGGUGGUGGGGCCUCCUCCACCAACAAAACCCGACCCACCUCCUUUUUUCCUGAGCUCCGGCGAACCAAAUCCUUCUCUGCCUCUAAAAACGAGGGCUUCUCUGGUGUGUUUGAGCCUCAGAGAAAGUCCUGCGACGUUAGGGUUCGGAACACUCUCUGGACACUCUUUCACCAGGACGACGGCCGGAACCCCAACAAGAAGGAACCACAACCACCCACUGAGGUUGAGGUCGAGACCAGGAACUUAGGCGGGUCCUCUUCCAGCUUUCGGGGUCCUGUGUUUGAGUCCAAGGAGGAAGAGGAAGACGACGAAAACCAGAGCAGCGACGACGACGGCGACCGAAUUGAAAUAUCUGAGGAACCCAAUGUCGCAAAUGUGAUUGAAGACAGAGUUCCAGAAAUCUUAGAGGAGGAGGAAGAAGAAGAAGAGCAAUUUCAACCACCACCAGAACCGGAACUAUUUGAAGUAGAAGACUUGAAGCCCAUGAAAGACCACAUAGAUCUCGAUUCUCAAACCAAGAAGAGGGACCUGAAAGAGAUUGCAGGUAGCUUCUGGUCAGCAGCUUCGGUGUUCAGCAAAAAAUUGCAGAAAUGGAGGCAGAAGCAGAAGCUGAAGAAGCGUCGAAACGGCGGCGGAUCGGCUACAUUGCCGGUGGAGAAGCCAAUCGGGCGACAGUUCAGAGAAACCCAGUCGGAGAUCGCCGAUUACGGCUUCGGCCGGCGCUCAUGCGACACGGAUCCGAGGUUCUCUCUCGAUGCGGGUCGGAUGUCGUUCGACGACCCGAGAUACUCCUUCGACGAGCCUCGGGCUUCGUGGGACGGGUACCUCAUCGGAAGAACAUUUCCGAGAAUGCCCACGAUGGUCUCGGUGGUGGAGGACGCUCCGGUGGUCCAUGUCUCGAGAUGCGACGCUCAGAUUCCGGUGGAGGAGCCGCCCAUGAAUUCGAUUGAAGAGGAGACGGUUCCGGGCGGGUCAGCCCAAACCCGGGACUACUAUUCGGACUCGUCGUCGCGGCGGAGGAAGAGCCUUGACCGGUCCAACUCCAUUCGGAAGACUGCGGCGGCCGUGGUGGCGGAGAUCGAUGAGAUGAAGUCGGUUUCGAAUGCCAAGGUGUCGCCCACGACCGUUCCUGAUAAUAGAGAUUUGAGGGACUUUUACAACUCAAAUUCUCUCCGGGACGACUGCUCGGAAACCUUCGAAAUGUCCUCCUUUCGGGGCGGAGAUUCGGGGUCGGUGGGUGUCAAUGGGGAGAGAAAUAAAGGGUGUAAAAAGUCAAGGAGGUGGAGCAAGGCUUGGAAUAUAUGGAGUUUUAUACACAGGAGGGGUGGGAACAAAGAGGAGGAUGAAGAUAGGUAUAGUAGUGUUAGAUCAAAUGGGGUUGAGAGGUCGUUUUCAGAGUCGUGGCCGGAGCUCAGAGGUGGUGAGAGGAACGGGGAAGCAAAGGGUUUCAAUCCCAAGAUCAUGAGGAGCAAUAGCAGUGCUAGUUGGAGAAAUAGCUCUCAUGGGUUUGGUGGAGUUGGUGGAUCUUUUGGGAGCAUGAGGAAGAACUAUAGCAAUGGUGCUGCUGUUGCUGCUGCUGCUGCUGCUGCUGUUGAGGCAAAUGGGAAUGCUGGAAGGAAGAAGAAGGACGAUCAGUUCGUGCUGGAAAGAAAUCGGAGUGCGAGGUAUUCACCGAACCACAUUGACAAUGGACUGUUGAGGUUUUACUUGACGCCGAUGAGGAGCAGCUGGAGAAGUGGAGCUGGGAAAACCAGGUCCAGCCAUGCUCAUUCCAUUGCCAGAAGUGUGCUGCGAUUGUAUUGAAAAAUGAAUGAAUGAAUGAGAGGGUGUUCAUAACCAUAAGGUGUUUGUUCUUUCGGUUUUAAGUUCAUGUUGUUCAUUUUGCUGCUACUGCUGCAUUUGUUGUGUAAAACCACACAUGCCUAUGCAUUCUUGUUGGUUGGUGGGAUUAAAAAAAGAAGAAGAAAGCACUUUGAAAUGUUCCUUUAAUUUUUUUUCUUCCUGUGAGUACUUUGCUUCUUCAAUUACUCAAAUAACAACAAUUUCAGUGUUUUUUU